AUGAUAUAUAAUCAGAAAGAAUCUCUGCGAAAAUCGUAUUUUUUGUCCUUUUUGAAGCUGCGUGUAAGUAACAAUUUUGAUCAUCGAAAAUUUUAUUUUCAAAAUUUUUGAAAAAGCCCAUUAAAUGGGGCCAAUUUGAAUUUUUUAGCUAUUGAAAAGCGAAUUUAAAGGUGCGAUGAUAAGCAAAAAUUCAUCAAAGAUUCGGGAGGCAAAGUUCAGUAUUCGUAUUUUUAUCAAAUUUUGUUUGUUAUUGUGAGUUCUGAGGUUAUUUUUUGGGCAUUUUUUUGUUAAUUUUCGGAUAUUUUCACGCUAAAAAUGUAGCAUAACUUUUUGGAAAAUUCUAGGCUUAAUUCGCCCCAAAUUUUUAUCAAAUUUCAUUUAUCCUAUUUCUUUCUAAUCCCAAUUUUUAACACCUUUUUUCAGUUAAUUAUGAAGACCGUCUUCACUGUCCUCCUUCUCGUCGCUCUCUCCGCCGCCGCUUUGGCCGAGCUGAUGUGCGAAGAGAAUGGGAAAAAGUUCCGGAAUGGGCAAGAAUGGACAGCCAAUAAGAACUUCCUGAAGACCUGCGUUGUGCAUGAUAUGGGCUGGGAAACGAAAAUCAUCGCCUGUCUGAACCCCUCGACCAAGCAGAGGAUCCCGGUGGGCUCCAGUGUUGUCAAUGGCAAAUACAGAAUCCGUUGUGAGCGAAGCGAGGAUGGAGGAGUUUCUAUUCGAUCCGGACCGGCCUAA